UGUAAUUUGCGAUUUUGGGCUAUACAAAAUAAAAUGAAUUGAAUUGACUACAUUUUCGCACAAUGGAACUUCUAACAGCCUACAUCUUGUCAACAGCAAAUUAAGUUAAACAAUGUGAGUGCUUCUUCCUUUGUGCUCAUAAGUAGGCCUAUCAAAGGAAUGGCAAAAGCAUGGGAAAGGCCAGUUGAUCCCCUGCAGUUGAUGAAUGUUAUUGGGCUGAGUUCAGCUGCUUGUGAUAAUCUCCUGCUGGCUUUUCUCCUUCAGCCCUUUUCCCAGUCGGUGCUAGCUAAACAUCAACAGGAGGAUAACCCGCGAGGUGUUGGGGCCAGGGCCGCUCCACUCUGUUAUCAUUAGAUAGUCAAUGCCAAGAUUGUAGUUUAGCCUGUGUGCAUGUGACUGGAUUUAUUUGAACGUUUCCUUGAACAUUGUAAAGGGAGUUUAAUGCAGUGAGGCAAGGAAGGCCUUUUUGUAUAGUCUUACCACUGUUUUUGUCAGUAUAGUUAACGCCUACAGUGUGCCAAAGGGCAUCUGUCAUUAAUAGCCUGCUCUUUAUUUUUAGCUUCAGCCUUUUUAAUUUGUGGAUCCAAAUAGGAAAAAACAAAUACAAAUAAUCUUGUAGGGAUGUUAUGCUGUUACUUUACUUACUACGGAGCAGUUAUGAUGAGAAUUUAUUCUAAUAACAAAUAAUCCAUGAUAAUAUGUCAGUCGCAUGCUUUCUUUAUCAAAAGUGAUGCAUCCUUGAGUCAUUCAGUUUAUACAAUUUAGAAAAUGUGUGUGUGUGCGCGCGUGUGUGCAUGUGAGGGGGGUUGAAAGUGGGAAAGAUUCUGCCGAGUCAUUGUGAUAAGCAGGACCCACGCUCCAUAGAAAGUUUACACGGGUACCUUUGAGCUGCAGUAAAUGCUGAACCCUCUAAAAUUUGAACCAUAAAGGUAUUCUUUGAAUGUCAUAAAACAACUAGAACAGAUUUGUAUAUUGGUUCCACACUUUAAUGCCCCAUUUGAAAUAUAACGGAUAAAAAAAGAAUACCCCUUUUUAGACAAUUGUCUUAAUUCACUCGUGAAUCUGAUUGUAUGUUUAUUUUUAAACUCCUAAAAACAUAUUCUCUCCUGCUUGUGGGACAAUCUCCUUUAAGGUUUUGCAAUUAAUUAUGAAGUAGAACUCUAGAAAUAAUGUAUUCCUUUAUCUUCACCAGGCUCCCUUUUGACGCUGUAAUAUGUGACCGAAAACUUUGCUCCACGUUUUUUUAAUCACAAUUGGGUUUUGAUGAAAUCCCAACCAAUCGCCGGGGUCAAUAUUCUAAGCCAAUCGUGUGAGCGCGGCAGAGGGGCUAACCCCUUUCUCUCAGCCAAUCCCGGAGCCCGCGGGGCGGGACCUCUCGACGAAUACCACCUCCUCGGAAACGGUUACCGCGUGUGCCUGAAGAGCCCAAAGCGCCGGUAGACAUGUGAAACGGCGGCGAAGCCAAGUUACGCAACGCAGCCCGGACUCACCGUGUCGGCUGCGGGGGAAAAGUGGGAAGCCGCCUCGCCGGUGUGGGCCACCAUGGGAAAAGUCAGCAAAGGCACCAGGACCAACCCGUCAGCGACGGCGGGCCUUUUGUCCAAAGUGUUCUUCUGGUGGCUCAAUCCUUUGUUUCGCACCGGAUACAAGCGCAAGCUGGAGGAAGACGACUUGUACGAAGUGCUCCCGGAGGACCGGUCUGAGACACUGGGACAGGAUCUGCAGAGAAUCUGGGAUCAUGAGUUCCAGAAGGCCACCAAAGAGCUGCGCACGCCUCGACUCUCAAAGUGCAUCAUUCUGUGCUACUGGAAGCCUUACGCCGUGCUGGGAUUCUUCACGCUCGUCGAAGAGAUAAUCAAAGUGAUCCAGCCAGUCCUCUUGGGCCAGAUGAUCUUGUACUUUGAGAGUUACGACCCGGAGAACAUGACGGCUCUCUACAAGACUCUUGGCUACGCGGCCGGCAUGUCUUUGUGCACCAUCGGGCUGGCCUUGCUCCACCACCUCUACUUCUACCACGUCCAGAGGGCAGGCAUGAAGAUCCGAGUGGCCAUGUGUCACAUGAUCUACAACAAGUCUCUGCGUCUCAGCAGUUUGGCCAUGGGGAAGACCACCACGGGCCAGAUCGUCAACCUCCUUUCCAACGACGUCAACAAGUUUGAUGACGUGACUAUCUUCCUGCACUUCCUGUGGGUGGGGCCCCUCCAGGCAGCGGUGGUUGUGGGCCUGCUGUGGGUGGAGAUUGGCCCCUCGUGUUUGGCGGGCAUGGUGGUCCUCUUGUUCCUCAUGCCUAUGCAGACCAUGUUCGGAAGGCUCUUCUCCACAUUCAGGAGUAAGACUGCGGCCUUCACUGACAACAGAAUCCGCAUCAUGAACGAGGUGGUGUCCGGAAUGCGCAUCAUCAAGAUGUACGCCUGGGAGAAGCCCUUCUCCGCUCUGGUCUCUGAGGUCCGAAGGAAGGAGAUCUCCAUGAUCUUGAAGAGCUCCUACCUGCGAGGCCUCAACAUGGCCUCCUUCUUCUGCUCCAGCAAGAUCAUCCUCUUUGUCACCUUCACCCUCUACGUCCUCCUGGGGAACACCAUCACCGCCAGCCGCGUGUUCGUGACGGUGUCGCUCUACAGCGCCGUGCGCCUCACCGUCACGCUCUUCUUCCCGAGUGCCAUCGAGAAGCUGUUUGAGAGCCGAGUCAGCGUCCGCAGAAUUCAGGAGUUCCUGAUGCUGGAUGAGGUUGUAAAAAACAAAACCAUUGUGCCACACAAGGGAGAGAAUGAGGCCUUAGUGGAGAUCCAGGACCUGGUGUGCUACUGGGACAAGAGUCUGGAUGCCCCAACCCUGCAGAACCUCUCCCUCACGCUCAAGUCCAACCAGUUGUUGGCUGUGAUUGGACCGGUGGGAGCGGGAAAGUCAUCGCUGCUGAGCACCAUCCUCGGAGAGCUGCCCUCGGAUAAGGGGGUGCUGGAGGUCAAAGGGCAGCUGACGUACGCCGCACAGCAGCCUUGGGUGUUCCCUGGAACCAUACGGAGUAACAUCCUGUUCGGGAAGGAGCUCGACCCCAAGAAGUACGAGCGAGUCAUCAAAGCCUGCGCUUUAAAAAGGGACCUGGAGUUCCUCCCAGAUGGAGACCUCACUCUCAUCGGGGACAGAGGUGCUACACUCAGCGGGGGGCAGAAAGCUCGCGUCAACCUGGCGAGGUCCGUGUAUGAGGACGCAGACAUCUACCUGCUGGACGACCCUUUGAGCGCCGUGGAUGCCGAGGUCGGGAGACACCUCUUUGAACAGUGCAUCUGUGGCCUCCUGAAGAACAAGUCUCGGAUCCUGGUCACCCACCAGCUGCAGUACCUGAAGGCAGCCGACCAGAUUGUGGUCCUGAAGGAGGGUCACAUGGUGGCAAAGGGAAAGUACAUAGAGCUGCAGCAGUCCGGAGUGGACUUCACCUCCCUGCUGAAGGAGGAGGAGGAGGAGCAGCAGCAGCCUCCUAAAGACAUCCUGAAGAGGACCAGAACUCUGUCGGAGAACUCGCAGACCUCCUCGGCGCAGUCGGUCAAAGACGGAGACCAGCUGCCGGGAGAGGCGGUGCAGACUGUAGCAGAGGAGAGCAGCGCUCAGGGAAACAUCGGAGUGCGUCUGUACGUUAAAUACUUGAAAGCUGGAGCCGGCGUCGUGCUUCUCCUGAUUGUCAUAGCGCUCAACCUUCUGGCUCAGGUAGCAUACAUCAUGACGGACUGGUGGCUGGCUCACUGGGCCGACAAGCAAGAGGAGCUGAGCAACAACAACAGCUCCCUCCCAAACGGCCUGAACACCACUGCCCCCCCAAGUCAACUGAACACCACUGCAGAGCUGGACACCACCUUCUACCUGAGUGUUUAUGGAGGUCUGACUGCUGCCACCAUCGUUUUCGGCUUCGCCAGGAACCUCUCCCUGUUCCACGUGCUGGUGAAGUCGGCGCAGUCUCUGCACAACCGCAUGUUCAAAUCCAUACUCGCGACACCCGUGCGCUUCUUUGACAUCAACCCUAUUGGAAGAGUCUUGAACAGGUUCUCAAAGGACAUCGGCCAGCUGGAUUCUAACAUGCCGUGGACCUUUGUAGACUUCAUUCAGCUGUUCCUGCAGAUCCUCGGGGUGAUUUGUGUGGCGGUGUCUGUGAUCCCCUGGAUCCUCAUCCCAGUGAUCCCCCUCCUCUUCCUCUUCUUGUACCUGCGCCGCUACUUCCUGCGGACCGCCAUAAACGUCAAACGCCUCGAGGCCACUACUCGCAGUCCGGUGUUCUCCCACUUGUCGUCGUCUCUUCAGGGCCUGUGGACCAUCCGAGCCUUUGGAGCAGAGGAGCGGUUCCAGAAGGCCUUCGAUGCGCAUCAGGACCUGCACUCAGAGGCCUGGUUCUUGUUCCUCACCACCUCUCGCUGGUUCGCCGUUCGUCUCGACGGCAUGUGCGCCAUCUUUGUUAGCAUCACCAUCUUCGGAUGCCUGCUGCUCAGAGAUCAGCUGGACGCUGGCUCCGUUGGUCUGGCUUUGACCUACGCAGUCACACUGAUGGGGAUGUUCCCGUGGGGGGUCAGGCAGAGUGCGGAGGUGGAGAACAUGAUGACCUCGGUGGAGCGAGUGGUGGAGUACACUGAACUGGAGAGCGAAGCACCCUGGGAGACUGAGAAGCGCCCUCCUCCCGAUUGGCCCAACAAAGGCCUGGUGACCUUUGACGGGGUCAGUUUCUCCUACGGUGGCGACGGACCGACGGUUCUGCACGACAUGACGGCAAUGUUCCGACCCAAAGAGAAGGUCGGCGUUGUGGGUCGAACAGGUGCUGGGAAAAGCUCUCUGGUCUCAGCUCUGUUCCGCCUAGCAGAGCCUCAGGGCAAGAUCUACAUCGACGGGGUCCUGACCUCUGAGAUCGGCCUCCACGACUUGCGCAAGAAGAUGUCCAUCAUUCCUCAGGACCCGGUGCUGUUCACAGGCUCCAUGAGGAAGAACUUGGACCCGUUCGACCAGCACAGUGAUGAAGAACUGUGGAAGGCUCUGGAGGAGGUGCAGCUGAAGCCUGUGGUGGAGGAGCUGCCGGGGAAGUUGGAGACGGUUCUGGCCGAGUCGGGCGCCAACUUCAGCGUGGGCCAGAGGCAGCUGGUGUGUCUGGCCAGAGCCGUACUGAGAAAGAACCGCAUCCUGGUGAUCGACGAGGCCACGGCCAACGUGGACCCCAGGACGGAUGAGCUGAUCCAGAAAACGAUACGGGACAAGUUCAGUGAAUGCACCGUGCUCACCAUCGCUCACCGGCUCAACACCAUCGUAGACAGCGACAGGAUACUGGUCCUUGACGCAGGGAGAAUUCACGCCUAUGAUCAGCCUUACAACCUACUGCAAGACACCGAGGGGAUUUUCUUCAAAAUGGUGCAGCAGACGGGCAAGCAGGAGGCUGCAGCUCUACUAGCCGCCGCUAAACGGGUGCACGACAGAAGAACCCAUAGCGACGAAUAUACAGAGUCGCCAAACAUCAUUAUCUUUGAGACUGCUCUGUGAGCCUUUGACUCGUCUGGACUCCAGCAAAGCCAAAUACAAGCACACUAUUUAUUUUCAAUGUCUAAUAUAUGGCCUUGGCAGCAUAAUCCUCACAGUUCUAAAGUGCCUUAUUUCAAGUUGGCAGCAUUUACCUGAAAUUGCCUUGUACUAUUAACGAUGUGUUGCUGAUUUUGAAGUUUACAGGUCAGGUGACAAUCUGAACACAGCUGCUAUGACUGUUUAAAAAUCUAUGAUCUCUUCAAAACUUGAAUAAAGUACUGUUGUUAAUAUAGAAUUUAUAUACUUUG